UCUGCUCAAACAGUAAUCAUAUCCCACUUGAGUCAAGUUCGAGGCUUCUACCAAAAAGGUUCAAUUUUUCCAGCUUCCACCUUACCACCUCUGAGUAAGCAACCUAUGCCUCUUCUAACUACACCCCCAUUUCCUUGAAUCUCUUUCUUCUUUAUGUGCUUUUUUUUUUUUUUUUGUUUUUGUUUUUUAUUUCCCCUUCUUUUAUGGGCUCACAAGAAUCUUUGCUUUCAAUUAUGGGGUGCAAAUUCCUUCUUUUCCUGUGUCUUGAUGGGUUUCACAUGGAAAGUAGUAUGAUAUAUGAUUAGAUCUCAACUUUUUUAGUCCUUGGGUGGUUCUUCUGCACUUGUGUAUUUGACCAGCUGCUUCAAGCUCUUUUAAAUAUAUGUACUCUGGAAUCUGCAUACUAGAAUUUACAGUGUAGUAAACAAGGUUGCAAUUCCAACAUGGGUCUCUCGCCUUAUUCGACUCCAGCUGAUGCUGGAGUUCUAUGCGUGAUUCUGGUCAACACUGCCAUUUCCAUCUCCAUCGUCAAGGAGAUAGUGCGGUCAAUCCUUAAUGUUAUCGGCAUUCAUAUAGCACCAUGUGAAGAGUACUCGAUGGAGGGGCACUUAGACACAUUCGAAUGUCGUGGAACUCCCUCGGAGUCAUACAUGGAGGAGUUCCGAAGCCAAACUCCCACAAUUCGCUACGACUCAGUUUGCAUACCUCACCACCACUCAGAGAAAGAGUGCCCUGUCUGCCUAACUGACUUUGCACCCGAUGCAGAGAUUAACCGCUUACCCUGUGGCCACGUUUUCCACAGGCUCUGCCUCGAGAAGUGGCUGAGGUGCUGGAGUGUCACCUGCCCGCUCUGCAGGAAUUGCAUGGUCCCACAUGAAGGCGACAAAGAUACUUGUCCAAUGUGAGUAACGUAACCUCUUAUUAAGUCCUCAUGUACAGCUUAGUAGUGUACACUGUACAGGCCUCACCAUUUCAUAGUUGCAUACCUAUGUUCAUCCGGCCACUCUUUGCGUCCUUUCAGAGCGAUGGUUCACCAAAACUUCUAUACAUUGUUGUACAUAUAUAUAUCAACAACGCUGUUUCAGAAUAUUUACUUCUAGUACCUCUUUA